AGCUAAACUCUGCUGCAUGCCUCGGACACUUGCCUCACCGACUCCUAACUGGAAGUGUGUGUGUGUGUGUACAGGGAAGAGAGUGUGUGUGUGUAUGUGUGUGUGUGAGGGUUUGGUGGAGAUUGGAGUUUGGAUUGACCGGGAAGGUUGAGGGAGACCAGGUUUGCUGCGCACAGGAUUGUGGGUAGCGAGUGUGGUGGAUGUUCGGGGCGUCUGGAAGCAGGCAAGGGGAAGAGGCUGUGGACUGAGGAGGACGAGGAUGAAGAUUGGAGGAAGGAUGGGUAGUCUCCUCGUGCUUGUGUUGGGCUGCCUCUUUCUCACACUCACUGCUGCGUCAGAGAGCGAGCGGAGGCUCCAUAAGAAGCUGUUUGAGAACUACAACCUGAAGGUACGCCCGGCCCAGUCCUGGGAGGAGAAGGUCAUGGUGAGAGUGGGGAUGACCCUCUCCCAGCUCGUCAGCCUGAAUGAGAAGAAUGAAGAGAUGACAACCAACGUGUUCAUGAAUCUGGCAUGGACAGACUACAGGUUGUCAUGGGAACCUGAGAACUACGAUAACAUUGACGUUCUCAGGAUCCCACCCAACAAGGUGUGGCGUCCAGACAUCUACCUCAUCAACAAUAACGAUGGCCAGUUUGACGUGGCCCUGUAUGUCAACGUUCUGGUGUACAGUGACGGAACCAUCAACUGGCUUCCUCCAGCCAUCUACCGUAGUAGCUGCUCUAUCGAGGUGGCGUAUUUUCCUUUUGACUGGCAGAACUGCACCAUGGUGUUCCGCUCUUACACCUACGACGCCUCAGAGGUGGACCUGCAGUACUUCCUGGAUGACAACGGCAAAGAAAUCCAAGAGAUCGUUAUCGACGAAAACGCCUUCACUGAGAAUGGUGAGUGGGCCAUCUGCCACAAGCCCAGCCGGAAGAACGUGCGGGAGGACCUGUACGAGGACAUCACCUUCUACCUGAUCAUCGAGAGGAAGCCUCUCUUCUACAUCGUCAACAUCAUCGUGCCCUGCAUCCUCACCAUGGUGCUGGCCAUCUUUGUCUUCUACCUGCCCCCUGGAGCAGGUGAGAAGAUGACCCUCUCCAUCUCUGUCCUCAUCGCCCUCACUGUUUUCAUGCUGCUGCUGGCUGACAAGGUCCCCGAGACCUCCCUGGCCAUCCCCAUCAUCGUCAACUACGUCAUGUUCACCAUGAUCCUGGUCACCUGCUCCGUCAUCCUCAGCGUGGUGGUCCUCAACCUGCACCACCGCUCCUCCAGCACCCACAUCAUGCCCCACUGGGUCCGCAAGAUCUUCAUCCACUUCCUGCCAAAGUACCUGGGCAUGCAGCGGCCGGAGACGGAGGAACGUCCGGCAGAGGAGGAGGAGGAGCCUAGCAAUGACACACCGCUGCAGAGUAUUGGCGGCCGCAGGCUGGCCGGGGAGUACCUCUUCAGGAAGAUCAACCCUGAGCUGGUCCUACCCUGGAGAGGCAGGAGUGAAAGUACAGUGCAGUUACAGAAGUUCUUUGACAGUGACAACUACUGCCUGGUCCUCCCCCCGGACCUCAAGUCAGCCAUUGCUGCUGUCACAUACAUGGCUGAGCAACUCAGGAAGCAGGACACAGACGACUCGAUGACAGGAGACUGGCAGUACAUAGCCUUGGUGCUGGACAGACUGUUUUUCUGGUUAUUUGUGAUCAUCACUACCCUGGGUACCCUGGCCAUGUUCCUGGAUGCCAGCUUCAACUACACCCCUGACCAACCCUUCCCCUGAGCACACGCACACACAUUUUACUAUUCAUUUACAUUUCAAAAAGCUUUUUCAUUUUUUUGUUAUAUUUAUUUUUAACAUAUACACACACGCACACAUAUACAUACACAGGUAUACAUACAUGAGCUAAACAUGUCAGUGUACGCACAGCCCAAUAACCCUUUUACCGAACACACACUCUCUGGUGCUUAUAAGAUGCAAACUUCAUAGUAGAACAACACUACCCAUUAUUCCAGUGAUGUUGCCUGCCAUAUCCACCCAUGUAUAAUGUCACCUAUUCAUUAGGAGGCCUAAAAAAUUAUGGAGACAGAUCUUAGACUUGCUUCUACUUCCUGUUAUACGAUUAUUUCACAAUAGUGAUGGUACUGAGUAGUAUAGACAUGUAGUUACAGAUUGUGU